CAGCUGGCUGUUGCAGGUUGAGUGUGACCUCCUCCCUCCACGAGAGCUGAGGGGUCGAGCUAAUGUCAUCCAGUCCGGCUGACAGGGGGGGUCUGUCUGAGGCAUCCCCAAACAACAACACCCUGGACCUGUUUGAGUCCGCUCAGACUGAGGCUACAGUCAGAACCGCUGAGGAGCAGGUUUUACGUGUGUCGGAUGAGGCCUCUCCUUCCUCUACAUCCUCUUUUGAGACACUUGAUAUGGAGUCGGUUCCAGCUCCUUACCAAGAAGUGCAACCUCACUGGUUCUUCUGUCGGCGAGCAGAUGAAAGCACUUCCUGGCUUCCAUUCAGCAGAGAGGACUCUGACAAACUGGAGAAUGCCUACAAUACUGUAAAAAAUGAAGAGAGGGAUGUUGUUGUUGCUGUGGAUGGGGAGCGAUAUGAUGUACAUUUAAAGGAGAGGAUGCGUUAUGCUCUUUAUUGGGACCAAGCACCCACUGAAGUCCGCCGCUGCACCUGGUUUUACAAAGGAGAUAAGGACACCAGAUUCAUGCCAUACACUGAGGACUUCAGCAAAAGUCUGGAGGAAGCCUUUAUGAUAGCAGUAACAUUGGAUGAAUGGAAAAGGAAACUGGACUUUCCCACUGGGGAGACUGUCAUGUUACACAAUCCUAAGCUUAUAAUGCAGUAUCAGCCAUUGGGAAUGCAGGAUGAGUGGGCUACUUCCCCUUCCGAGCAAAUUCGCCCGCGCACAGUCAAAAGGGGAGUUGACAGCAUCCCUGUUGAAAUCCCUGAUGGGGAACCAGAGCAGGUGGACCAUCUUGUUUUUAUGGUGCAUGGCAUCGGCCCAGCAUGUGACCUGCGCUUCAGAUCAAUCAUACAGUGUGUAAAUGACUUCAGGAAUGCGUCGCUGUCACUCCUGGCCACCCAUUACAAGCGUGCUCAGCUGGAUGGACAAGUUGGCAGAGUGGAGUUCCUUCCAGUCAACUGGCACAGCGCUCUGCAUGGAGAUGCAACUGGAGUGGACGAGGACAUCCAGAGGAUUACUCUACCCAGCAUCAGCAGACUCAGAAGUUUCACGAAUGACACACUGUUGGACUUAUUUUUCUACAACAGCCCUACUUACUGCCAGACCAUAGUGGACACGGUGGCCUCGGAGAUCAACAAGCUGCAUGCCCUCUUUAAGUGCAGACACCCGGAAUUCAAUGGGCCAGUUUCCAUAGUUGGCCAUAGCUUGGGCUCUCUGAUCCUAUUUGACCUGCUAACCAAUCAGAAGAAUGGAUCUGAAAUGAGAGUGCCUAUUGGUGUGCUGCCUUGUCUAAGCAUGGAUACACUGGAGCAGACUCUGAACAGAUUGGGCCUACAACAAUACCUGGAUACACUUCAGACAGAAAACCUUGAUCUGGAAUCACUGGCUCUCUGCCAAGACAGUGAUCUCAAAGAUUUAGGAAUUCCUCUUGGACCUCGGAAGAAGAUCUUAAACUACAUUGGGAGGAUGAGGCUUCCAGAGGAGUGUAAAAUGGCAGCAGUACAAGAGGGGCAGGAGUCACAAGUUCCACCGAAUAUGAACAGUGAUGGCAAACAGUCUUCAGGAUUGCCACCCAAGCGGUCCAGUUUCCACAGAGCACAGUCUAUCACCAGUGCUGUUGACUAUGAACACUUUGAUGUCGGCAUUGGACAGGUAGCACACAUGGAUACAAAUAAACCCAAUGGAGGCAUAGCCAAGGGACAGGUAUCCAUUGAUUACCCACAACUAGCAUUCCACCCUCAGAUGUUUUUUGCUUUUGGCUCUCCUAUUGGAAUGUUCCUCACUGUACGGGGACUUAAACACAUUGAUCCAAACUAUGCCUUCCCAACUUGCAAGAGGUUUUACAACAUCUACCAUCCAUAUGAUCCUGUUGCCUAUCGGAUAGAGCCCAUGAUUGUUUCAGAGGUGGAUCUGGAGCCGAUGCUAAUACCUCACCACAAAGGCAGAAAGAGGAUGCACCUGGAACUAAAGGAUAGUUUGACCCGAAUGAGUAUGGAUUUGAAGAACAAUGUAUUGGGAUCAUUACGGACAGCAUGGCAGUCGUUUGCCAGACUACCUGUUACUGCACUGCCCCCUGUGGAGGGAGGCCAAACAACACAUGAGGCAAACUCUCCAGAGGCACAGGCUUCAGCAGCAGAUAGUUCUGCUGCUCAGAGGGAAGACAAAAGUGCUGAUUUUUGGACUAAAAUACUGGAGUGGCCAAAGGCCCUUCAAAAACAUUACUUAAAAGAAAUGUUUGUGGAGGCAGAGUCAUCAGUAUCAGCAGAGCAGACAGACCAGCCAGAGAUUAGCAUGGGGAAAUUGAAUGGAGGACGACGGAUUGACUACGUGCUUCAGGAAAAACCCAUUGAGAGCUUCAAUGAAUACUUGUUUGCCAUCCAGUCUCAUCUAUGUUACUGGGAAUCUGAGGACACAGCUCUCCUGCUGCUGAAGGAGAUUUAUGACAAGCUAGGUGUGGCUUUUGAACAGCCACAACAGUAAUAAAGUUGUACAAAAACAGACGUGCUUACAUGACACUAACCUGAAAAUGAAGGACAACUGAGAAAACCAGAGAUUGGACAAUCCUUCUCCAGGAUGCCUUACUGCCUGCGUGUUAACUGACUGCCAAAAACUCUCAUCGUCUAACAGAGGAGGCCAUCUGGCUGCAGUUAGGUGGUCUUGGUUUAGAUAUGUUUGUAAAAAAGGAAUGAGGGGGGGCUCUCGAUUUUAGUUCUGAUAGUUUAUUCAGACUCACCAAAGCACCACAUAUAUGCCCCAAUUGCACUUUCUUUCAUUAUUUCACCUUAGUUUGCACUUUCAUGUUAAAAUCAUGACAUGGCGGAGAAAAAAAUAAGUAUGUAUGUGUAUAUAUAUGUGUAUAUAUAUAUAUAUAUAUAUAUAUAUAUAUAAAUAAAUAAAAUCACGAAUGACUAGUAUAUAUUAGUCAUUCUUGAUUACAAGAAAACACGCACAAUGAUGUACAUGUAUAUUGCUUAAAAAUUGGAUUGUAUGGAAUUGAUUUUCUUUACAAUUCAGAAGAAAAAUAUAUUUAAAAAUUCAGGAAUUCAGUCAAACAUACUAGAUUAUUUUCUGUUACACUUGAAUAUAUUUUAUUUUAAAAAUCGAAGCUGUCUUGACCAAGUCAAGUCCUUUCCUUCAGGCUUUACCUUUUAUAAAGAGUUUGCUGAGUUUCUUUUUUUCAUUUUAGAAAAUGAAAGUGGAUGUUUUGUCUGUUACGGGUUUCCUGGCAGCUUUACUCUUUCUUCCUCUAUCCAUGCCACUUGAAACCUGUAGCAGCGACUCCAGUGUUUUUGCAGUGUUAUAUUUGUUAGGUUUUACUCCUGUGGUUUCACAUAGUUCAUGCUGUGUGCACCUUACCUUUUAUUAACAUUAUUUGUUUGUUGAUAUGUUUGAUUAUACUGUUCAUAUAUAUCUGAAUGAAGUAAUCCUCGUGAAGAAUUAUGUCAGAACUGACAUGCAGAAAUCAAGGUGUUUUAAAAGGACAAUGUUUUGUCUUCUUAUGGUUUAUGUCUGCACUGAAAGUCCAUGUGUGUAAAGUAUGUAAGGAAAUGUCAUUUUGACUCGCUUUUCUCCAAGUCAGUGCCAUUCCUCCUCUACAUUUUUUUUUCAGUUACUGACAGUUUUAUUCUUAUUCUUUUAUUCUUUGGUCCAUGACAAUGAUGAAGUAUAUUUUCAUGUCUGUUAAAACGUGAUUGAUUUCAAAACAAUCUUAUAGACAGCCCAAACUUUUGUUUCAUCUAAGGGGCCAAAUCACAUGUAUUUCUCAUAUCAGUUCUUUUGUAUUGAUUUAUUACGGAUAACUUCUCUCUGUACUGCAUGCAUUUCUUUGAAUUGUUACAGCAGAGUUUAUUUGCAUAUUCUUGUCUUUGCUUAAUUCAUAAACCCUAAAAUCUUUAAAAUUCUCAAGGUGGAAUAAGUGGAAUUUUUGGAAAACAAAAAAAGUUGCACAAAUUUUAUUAAAAGAGUACAUUUAAAAUAAUUAGAUUAUAUGUGUUCCAAAGCUUUUUAGAUAAUUUUAUAUGAACACAUUUGUGAUAGUGUCAGCAAAUUAGAUAUGGAUUUUACAACAUAAGAUCCACACUCCAAAGUGUACAAACUUUAUGUGACAUACAUUUUUCGUAAUGAGAGUGAUUUUUUUAUGCACUAGUAGGGAUCCAUAGACCACCACCACCAAAGCUUUAACUGGCUCCUUACACAGCCUUUUUGGCAUAUCAUCCGCACAAUUAAGGAAUAAACCUCCUGGAGUGGUUGUUUUUCUUACUUUAGAAGUGUUCUGAACAAAAAGUUACCUUGUUAUAAUACCUGGUAUUAUGUCACUUUGAAUCUCUCCAUUAUCUGUUAUGAAUUUUAACAUCUUAACAGUUUCAGCAGAUUUUUGCAUGAUCCCGGUUUUCUCAUUUUUUUGUUACCCCUGUUGUGGCAUUUGAUACUUGUUUAGACAUGCUUUAAAACAAAAACUAGACGCACCAAUAUUGUGGUAACAUGUUUUAUGUGCCAUAAUAAAAUAUUUCUUGGCGUU